AUGGUUACAGCCGUGAAUUUCACCCAAGAAAUGGACCUGCUGUACAGGCCCUAUAAGUUCGAGGAGCUCUUGGAACUGAGUUACUAUGUGCAGGAGUACUGGAGUAGCUGCUUCAUCAUAGUGCCCAUCUACCUGCUGCUCAUCCUCGUGGGGAAGGCCUACAUGAAGACGCGAAAGGGCUUCAACCUGCAGAAGCCACUCAUCCUCUGGUCCUUCAGCCUUUCUGUCUUCAGUAUCCUGGGGGCAGUGAGAACAUGGAGCUACAUGGGGACGCUGUGGCACCAGUACAGCCCAAAGCACACCGUGUGCUUCUCCUUCUACACGUCCACUUCCGUUAUAAAGUUCUGGUCAUCCAUCUUUACCUUCAGCAAGGUCAUCGAACUUGGAGACACGGCCUUCAUCAUCCUGCGCAAGCGGCCCCUCAUCUUCGUGCACUGGUACCACCACAGCACCGUACUGAUGUUCGCCAGCUUCGGGAUGAAGCAGAAGGUGCCUGCAGGUGGCUGGUUCAUGACCAUGAACUUCGGGGUGCACGCCAUCAUGUACAGCUACUAUACUCUGAAGGCGGCCCAAGUGAAGCCGCCCAAGAUCCUUCCCAUGCUCAUCACCAGCCUUCAGAUCCUGCAGAUGGCGGUUGGAGUUUCCGUGAGCAUCAUGGCGUACAUCUGGAGACAAGAUUACGGCUGCUUCAUGACAGAGCAUGCACUCUUCUGGUCCGCCGUCCUGUACACAUCCUAUUUCAUCCUCUUUGCCCACUUCUUCCACCGAACUUACAUCAUACCCAAGAGCAAAGCCAAGGUCAAGAGCCAGUGA